UAUAAACUCCACCGUGCUCCCUUGUGAACACUCAGAAAGUGAGCAGGGGAGAACAUGGAUAUACAGAGAGCAACAACAAAACUCAUUCCUGGCGUCUGAUGUCAAACAGAUGUGAGUUUGCUGGGGGGAGACGACCUUCAGGGAACCACCCCGGCACCUGAGUGUCAUGCGGUAAAAAGAUAACAGCUCGACCCUGUGAUAGGAUUAAGGAAUAUUCAAAAGGAACUCCUGAGAAGAGAUUCGGAAGACUGGACCUCCCGCUAUUGUGUCCAAUUGUCCCAUGAGUGGACAGCAGCAACAUCUUUUUCACCCCCCGCCCCGUCUUUGGCUGACCUUCGACUUUUAGCCAUUACAGCAUCACUUUGCCGGAUCCACUGCACAGUGAGAGUGAGAAGAAGCAGCCGCUGCAAAGCCUCAAGUUUUUGACACCCCUCCUCUCUGCUGCUGCUGCUGCUGCUGCUUCUUCCCGUACACUCCCUUGGCCCCUACCUCCCAUCUUUCAGCUCACCCCCCAACAGAGCAGAAAGCGUGAAAAAUCUCACUAAUGGGUUUAUUUGCUGUCAGAUCUGAGCCCAUGUGUGAGACCCUCGGAGCAUUCUGCUUGAAACAUUUCAUAGUUGAGUAAGUCUGCAGCAAGUGGCUGAAGUGGGGUGAAAGGGGCUGGGGGUGGGGGGCUCAGCUGCAGUAGUCAGUGUGACUGUCUCUUGGAGUUGCUCUAUUCUUUUUGGCUCCUUCCCAUCAUUCAGGACGUCUGGAGCCGCUGAGCAUCCUUGAAUAGACGCUUCCUCAAGAGUAUUCCGUCUCCAUCAGGAUCCUGGUGAAAUUUUGUGGAGAUGAGGUGUGGGACUGCUCCCUUGGUUGUGGCGAUUUGCAUUUGUUGGACUUCCUAUGUCUUGGAUGGAGUGGAAGCUAAAAAGGAGAGGAAGAAGCUGAAGGAGACACCACUGCAACACACCGAGACCUACAAUGUGACUCUGUCCAACAGUGAAGAAGAGUCUGGAAUUCCCAAGGUUUCUGACAACCAGAGAGUGGAUCCAUUGGGAUCAUGGAUGGACUUUGUCAAACGACCCGUUGGCAACUUCCCGGCAAAAUGCCGCAAACGGAAAAGACCUCUGCCAGGCCCACCUGGUCCUCCAGGUCCUCCUGGCCCACAAGGACCACCCGGCUCACCUGGAGCUGAGGUGACCCAGGAAGUUCUCCUCCAAGAGUUCAAAGAAAUGAUAAAAGAGGCUACGGAGAGACGGGCCGUGGCUGUGGAUCGACAACCCACUUCCAGCCACCUUCCCGCAGCUCUCCUCACGCUGCAGGAGGGCAUGACCUCCUACCGGCGGAUCGACGAAGCUUUCCAUUGCAAACUCAAGGGGCCCAUGGUGGUUGACAAGAAGACUUUGGUGGAGCUCCAGAAUUUUCAAACACCGCCAGCCAAGGGAGCCUUCUUGAGAGGUUCAGGAAUGGACCAGACUACUGGUAGAUUCACCGCCCCCAUCGCAGGAAUCUACCAGUUCUCUGCUAAUGUCCACAUUGAUCACAGUGAGGUGAAGAGAAGCAAGACGCAGCUGAAGGCCAGAGACAAUAUCCGUGUAUUAAUCUGCAUCGAGUCACUUUGCCAUAGAUACACCUCAUUGGAGAUGAUUGUCGGCUUGGAAAGUAACAGUCGGAUUUUCACUGUGAGCGUGCAGGGCCUCCUGGAGCUCCAGGCCGGGCAGUACACCUCCAUCUUUGUGGACAACGCCGCCGGGGCCUCGGUUACAAUACAGAAUGGCUCCGACUUCAUGGGCGUGCUCCUCGGCGUGUAGCGUCACGUAGCAGCAAUCUGCUAACGCUCUCCUCAAACGAACCGCUCACGAGCGCCACCGCAUCAGAGUACCGUGACGUCGCAAGCAAGUCCAAGCUGACUUUUGACCCGACGGCAUGUGGGUGGAAGGGGCGGAGCUUAAGUGUUUUCUAUUUCACUGCCUCCCUUCUUGGACAAACCCGUGCUGGUAAAAUGACCUGAACGUGCAUCAUGUCAUUGUCUUGUAAGGUUUUUAAAACCCCACAUAGAACAUACAACAAACGUCAAGUAUGAGUCAUACCGAGUCUUAAAUUCAUUUCUCAACGAUGUAGUCCCAUAAUUUGUUCAUAUUGAUUGAUGAUGAAAUGGCGACAACAUGGCAUCAAAUUGUGUAUUAAGGGUGUGGUUGUCAUGGUAAAUCUUAUGUCCCAGUAAUGUUGAUUUGAUGGUGUGCUGUAUAUUCUCGACUGUUCUAUUAUAUUCCUGCCAUAUAUUUGUAAUUUAUCAUAACUGCGUAAAAUUGUUUAGGUUUGUACUUUAUAAUAUUUAUGUUUGACAAACUGUAUCAUCCUUGUGCUAUUUGACUGUUUGAUUCCUGCAACAAUAAAUUGAUAUCUUUUUA